GUCCAUCAUGUACGGGGACCUGUCGGCGAACCCGAUCGAUGACCUUGCUGUGAUAGCGGACGAGAUCUUCUACCCAAUCGUCAGCAACCCGCGGAACCAGGAAGGGUGGCCGGACGUCAUCAAGAAGGACGUGGAUAGCCACUUCCAGGACCUGCGGAACAUCAUUACCGAGGUGAAAGGUAACAUCAUUAAUCAAACCCUGCUCCCCAUGCCGAUAUGCAUUGGAGAGGUCGAGAGUGUAGGCGAGCAGGUGGCAGAAGGCAAUCCGGAUGCGUGUACGUUAAAAAUGAAGAAUGCACUAGAGGGAAUUGUCAUCAAAUGGGCUUAUCAGAUCAACGAUGUCCUCAAGGAGGAUUCCAACUCGCUGUUCAAGGACGACCAUCACCCUUCGCCAGUGGAAGAAAUCAAUUUCUGGGAAGCUCGGCGGAGCAAUAUGCAAAACAUUUACCAGCAGUUGCUCGAUGACCGAGUUCGUCAGAUUGGAGUAAUUCUUCAAGGAAUCGAUUCUGUGUACUAUGCCUCUUUCAAAUCGACCUUCCAAAGCGUAGUUCAAGCAGUUCACGAAGCGGACGAUGUCACCCUGUAUAUGAAACCUUUGAGAAAACAUUUUGAGAUGUUUGAGAGUUCCGACUUCACCGAUAACCUUGAGCUGGUGGCUCCGAUGUUGCACUGCAUUUGCAUGGUCUGGGGAUAUUCGUUCUACUACGGAACCAACCCCCGAAUGAUGGUUUUGUUCAAAAUGGUUAGCAACAUGAUGAUAACCGAGGCUUCUAAAUGUUUGGAUCCGGGAUCACUGUUCCAAGGCGAGGCAGACGAAUGUCUUGUCAAGAUUACCCAAGUUAUUGACAUCUUAUUGUAUUACAAGGACCAAUUCAUGGAUUUCCGCAGCCGAUUGGACAAUUUUCGUCAACCGGAUACUCAACCGACGAACUGGACCUUUCGAUUACAAACGAUCUUCUAUAGGUUGGAUUUGUUUAUCGAUCGGCUGAACCUUGUGAAGGAUAUUUUCUAUACGGCUACGGAGUUUCGGAAACUGGAAAAGGUGGAAAUUGGUGGUCUACGAGGGCGAGGCGUAAGUCGCAACAUCAUGGACAUCCUUGAAGAUUUCAAUAAGCUAUACAUGCGCUGGGGAUUGAUUCAGUAUGAUCCGCUUGACCCGAACCCGAAAGAUUUGAACUUCGAGAAGGAUCGUAAACGAUACCAGGAACAGACGGAUGUACUGGAAAGGAAACUUUCAGCUCAGUUUGUGCUAGCUUUUGAGGAAUGUUUCAACGUCGAUCAGCUUAUGAAACUGGUCCAGAUAUUGGGAACCCUCAUAAUUAGACCAUUGAUAUUCCCCGACAUCAAACAUCGGAUAAAUAAUAUCGUCAACUUCUAUAACCAAGACUUGAACACCGUUAAAGCUCUGUUCGAUGAGGGCAAGGCUGGUUACGAGAAAGUUGGCGUUGCAGGAAUUCCCCAGGAUAAAGGAUUUCCUCCAGUUGCUGGAUCUAUACUUUGGGUUCACAAACUUCGUGAUAGAAUUUCAAAACCGAUCAAUGAACUAACAAUGGUUGAGUAUCCCCUCUUUAAAGAAGAGAACGAUGAAUUUGUGCUGAACAACUACCAGGAAAUGAUGAAACAGCUCGAUGCCCUGGAAGCUAGGAUCUUCAAGCAAUGGGCGGCGGAUGUGGCUAAACAUAUCAGCACCCACAUGAGUAAGGCUUUGUUGGUCCGAAAACCCAUCAACCGCUUGCUGGAGAUGAACUUCAACCAAGCACUGGUUCUGAUAUUGAUGGAAAUUUCCUACAUGAAAAAAAUGGAACUGCCUAAUAUACCUGACAAGGCUCUACAGUUUUCUGCACUUGAAGAAGAUCUCUGGCAAGCGCGGUUGAAAUUGAUGAGGAUCGUAGAGUGGUACAAUGAGAUUGUGGAAACUUGUGCUCCGUGUGAACGGGAUUUGAUCGAAAAAGAAUUGGUGGAGAUUGAACAUUUGAUCGAUAAAGCUUGCUCGGGAAGAAUCGACUGGAACAACUAUGAUCCGGAUUUCAUCGAAGAUUUUUACAGUAAGCUUAAGAAUCUGCAUACCCGGGUUUUGAAGAUCCAGAACAACGUUAAAAAGAUUCAAAAGAGCAUACGGAGUUGGGGUGACGUGCCACUGUAUCGACGUAAGGAUAGACUUCUGGAUAUUGAGGAUCGUCCUGGAAAAGUUCAACAACGACUGAAUGAUUGUUUCGAUACCAAAAAGCUGAUCGAUGUAGCGAUGGAGCAGAACUUCAAAUAUUUUUUCGAUUUCUAUGUCGAGUCUGUGGUAACAAUACCUUCGGAUUUGGGCUCUAAGAAAAGCGCUAGGAGUGGAUCGCUUUCCAUUGCGAAGGAAGCUUCCGUUGAAGCAGCUGCGGAAGAAAAAAAGGACGAGGAAGCUGAAGAGGGCGAGUCUUCAUCUCGGCGGGGAACUGCUGAAGAGUCGAUUGCCCCAGAAGAAGAACUGCAAAAAACCGCUUCAAUGAUGGCACUGUUCCGUCCUUAUCAAGAGUACGUAGACACGAUUGUAUCGAAAGAAAUAAUGGACUCUAUUCGUACGAGCAUCAAGUACAUAAAGAUUGAGAUGGAGAAUCGAGCCAGUCUUCCGAUAUUUGAGAUUAAAUUUGAGCUGCACCCGCCCAAGACUACAUUCAUCCCGACGCUGGAUUCCUUCGAUCCAGCCGGAUUCCUGGCUCUGGUCGAAGGCCUAAUGGUUGAUAUUUACUGCAUGUCUUCUAUUCCACGAGUUGCCCAGCCAACAGAACUAGAAGUAAAGGCUGAGAAAAAGGAUGUAGGAAAUGAUGAAGAAAAAGAUGAGGAAAAUGAUGAAGAAGCAGAAGGUGGUACGGAGGAAGGUUCCGAGGAGGUCCCAGAAAGGGUGCUAGAGACGUACCUCGGUGAUCUCGACAACCAAGAAGAUAUCGAACAGAUGAAAAACUCGAUCGUCAAUCGUGUUAUCCAAACGGUUCGUGAGGCAGAAGAGUUCAUGCAACGGUUCGAAAAUUACAACUACCUCUGGCUGGACGAUCGAGCCGUAGUACUGGAGCAAUUCCUCAAAUAUGGUCGGCCACUGACUGGAGAUGAGAUGGAAAUGCUACUGUGCUCGGACACUCCGCUGCGGGAAGUUGCCCCAACACUGGAACAGUUCAGGGCACAGAUCGAUAGCUACUACGAACUGUAUGACGACAUUCUGGUCAACAUGCGUAUCCAGGAAGUUUUCGACGAUUGGCUACAGAUUGAUUUGUCUUUCUUCAAAACAGUUCUGCUUAAUGAGAUCAGUAAAUGGUCACAUAUGUUCAAGCAAAACCUCAUAGAUAAUGUUCAGAACAGCUUGCAAGAGCUGGAAGAAUUUGCUAACGAAUGCGACGAGAUUUUCUUACUUGAGGUAGAAGAAGAAGAUUUCCCAACUCUGCUGAAGAUCCUUUCUGCGCUGAACAAGCUGAAGGAACGCGAAGCUACCUAUGAUAAUAUGUUUGAGCCGCUCAAGCAAACGGUUGAGCUGCUCAAAAAUUACAAUGUGGAGUUUGACGAACUGGUUUACAAACGGUUCGCCGAGCUCCCGGAGCGUUGGUUGCACGUCAAGAAAACGGCAAACAAAGUCCGUGAGAAGAUUGGUCCAGCUCAAGCAUACCAGGUUGAUCUGAUUAAGAAAAGAAUCACACUGUUCGACAUCCGAUCCAAGUUGUACAGGGAAGGUUUCAAGAAGCUUGGCUUUUUCAAGGUUCCCUGUGAAAACGUCUACCAGAUGUGCAAUCAGGUCAACCUGGAGCUUAAUAUAAUGGAGACUCAGAUGAAGAAUCUGACUGACUCAGCAGCAUUGUUUGAGCUGAACCCUCCGGACGACAGUAGGCUGAAGCAGUGCCGAAAGGAGAUUCGAAUGAUCAAACAGAUUUGGGACUUUGUCUACGCCAUCGAGUCCUGUGUGAACGAUUGGAAGAAGACCCCUUGGAAGAAAAUCGAUGUCGAAGCAAUGGAGGUAGAAUGCAAGAACUACGGCAAACAGCUGCGCCAGUUAGACAAAGAUCUACGCACGUGGUACCCGUACCUGCACAUUGAAGCUGUCCUCAAGAAUCUCCUGACGUCCCUGAGAGCCAUAACGGAGUUGCAAAACCCAGCUAUUCGCGAGCGGCACUGGAUGGAACUUAUGCAAGCAACCAAGGUACGCUUCCGAAUGGACGAUUCGACGACGUUGGCCGACCUGUUGGAGCUGAAUUUGCACAACUACGAAGAGGAGGUCAAAACAAUUGUGGAUAAGUCGGUCAAGGAGCAAGGUAUGGAGAAGAUUUUGAAAGAUUUGGAAGUUGCCUGGAAGGAUUUGAUCUUCGAGUUUGAUAUACACGAGCGAACCGGACUCAAAUUGCUGAAGGUUUCGGAGGAAAUCAUCGAGAUGCUGGAAGAAAAUCAAGUGCAGCUGCAAAACCUUAUGUCUUCGAAGUAUAUAGCCUAUUUCCUAAAGGAGGUUUCCAUGUGGCAAUUGUCGCUUUCGAAUGCUGAUCAGGUUAUUACUUCGUGGUUUGAAGUGCAGCGCAAAUGGAUGUAUCUGGAAAGUAUCUUCAUCGGAUCGGAAGAUAUCCGAAGUCAAUUGCCAGAAGAUUCAAAGCGUUUUGAUGGUAUUGACAAGGAGUUCAAGAGAUUGCUAGCAGAGGUUGUAGCUAAUCCAAACAUCGUUAAAGCAACAAAUAAAGAAGGACUGUACGAUAAGUUGGAGUCACUUCUCAAGGAACUUAUACUUUGCGAAAAGGCUCUGAAUGACUAUUUGGAAACGAAGCGCUUGGCCUAUCCCAGAUUCUAUUUUGUAUCCUCAGCCGAUUUACUUGAUAUUCUAUCGAAUGGAAAUCAGCCAGAGCUUGUAGCGAAACAUCUCACGAAGCUGUAUGAUUCACUCGCAAAGUUGGUAUUUCACAAGUUAUCUAAGAAGAUGGCCAUUGGCAUGAUAUCGAAGGAAAACGAAGAAUACGUACCAUUCAAGAAUAACUGCGAUUGCGGUGGAAAAGUUGAGAUUUGGCUGAACCGCGUGACGGACUCCAUGCGAGCGACACUCCAUGAGCUGUUCGAAAAGUCGGUUAACGCCUACGAAGAGAAGCCGCGUGAUCAGUGGAUCUUCGAUUGGCCAGCCCAGCCGGCUCUUUGCGCAACUCAAAUCUGGUGGACCACUGAGGUUAAUCUGGCCUUCGCCCGCUUGGAGGAAGGUUACGAGAAUGCCCUUAAGGACUACCAGAAAAAGCAGAUCGUGCAGCUUAGUGCGCUGAUCGUGUUGCUAUGUGGAGAUCUGAGCGUCGGCGAUCGCCAAAAGAUUAUGACUAUUUGUACGAUCGACGUACACUCGCGAGACGUGGUAGCCAAAAUGAUCUUUCAAAAGGUAGAAACUGGCCAAGCCUUCCAAUGGCAAAGUCAACUCAGACAUCGAUGGGAUGAUGGGCUCGGAGAUUGUUUCGCCAACAUUUGCGAUGCCGUAUUCCGAUAUGACUACGAAUAUUUGGGCAAUACACCGCGAUUGGUGAUCACUCCUUUGACAGAUCGCUGCUAUAUCACAUUAACACAGUCGCUUCACUUGAUCAUGGGAGGAGCUCCGGCUGGCCCAGCAGGAACAGGAAAAACCGAAACUACCAAAGAUUUAGGUCGAGCUCUCGGGAUUAUGGUGUACGUUUUCAACUGCUCCGAACAGAUGGAUUACAAAUCCUGUGGUAACAUUUAUAAAGGCUUGUCACAAACCGGUGCUUGGGGCUGCUUCGACGAGUUCAACCGCAUCUCGGUUGAGGUGCUCUCUGUGGUUGCUGUCCAAGUAAAAUCGAUUCAGGAUGCAAUAAAGGGUGAUCGAAAAUAUGCAACCCUUAGUGAUUUCGAGGGCAAAAAGGAGAAAUUCAAUUUUAUGGGCGAGAUCAUUUCCCUCAUCCCGACCGUUGGCAUCUUCAUCACGAUGAACCCGGGAUACGCCGGACGGACGGAAUUGCCAGAGAACCUGAAGGCGCUGUUCCGGCCGUGUGCGAUGGUUGUUCCCGAUUUUGAGCUGAUUUGCGAAAUCAUGUUGGUGGCCGAGGGCUUCCAGGAGGCCCGUCUUUUGGCAAGGAAGUUCAUCACGCUGUACACCUUGUGCAAGGAGCUGCUUUCCAAACAGGAUCACUACGAUUGGGGACUGCGAGCCAUCAAGUCGGUUUUGGUUGUGGCCGGAUCGUUGAAGCGAGGUGAUCGCGAAAGACCUGAAGAUCAGGUGCUGAUGAGAGCCCUGCGAGAUUUCAACAUACCGAAAAUUGUCACCGAUGAUGUGCCGGUCUUUAUGGGUCUCAUUGGAGAUCUGUUCCCGGCAUUGGAUGUUCCCAGAAAGCGAUCGCCAGAGUUUGAAAGACUCAUUCGUAAGUCUGCCGUCGAAUUGAAGCUUCAACCGGAAGACAACUUCAUACUGAAAGUAGUACAACUCGAGGAACUUUUUGCUGUUCGGCAUUCAGUGUUCAUCGUUGGUUUCGCCGGAACAGGAAAAAGUCAAGUUUGGAAAACGCUUUUCAAAACGUACCAGAACCAGAAACGGAAACCACAUUUCAACGACCUUGAUCCGAAAGCAGUGACCAAUGAUGAACUGUUUGGCAUCAUCAAUCCAGCCACCAGAGAAUGGAAAGAUGGUCUUUUUUCGGUCAUAAUGCGUGAUCAAGCUAAUAUGGGCGGAAAUGGACCCAAAUGGAUCGUUCUGGAUGGAGACAUCGAUCCCAUGUGGAUUGAAAGUUUAAACACCGUAAUGGACGAUAACAAAGUGUUAACACUGGCCAGUAACGAACGGAUUGCGUUAACCAAAGAAAUGCGUUUGUUAUUCGAAAUAUCUAACCUCAGAACUGCUACUCCAGCUACCGUUUCAAGGGCAGGUAUUUUGUACAUUAACCCUCAGGAUUUGGGAUGGAAUCCAUUCGUUGCCUCUUGGAUUGAUUCGCGUGAAACUCAAGCCGAGAAGAGCAUACUGUCGGUGCUGUUCGACAAAUACAUACCACCUCUGAUCGACGCUCACAAAAAGUUUAAGAAAAUCACGCCCAUUUCUGAUAUAGCUAUGAUACAAAUGACAUGUCAUUUGUUGGAUUGUCUGUUAACACCUGUCAACAUUCCCCCAGAUAGUCCUAAGGAUUGGUACGAAAUCUAUUAUGUAUUUGCAGUUAUUUGGGGCUUUGGGUCCUCUCUGUUCCAAGAUCAGCUGGUCGAUUGGCGUAACGAGUUUCAUAAGUGGUGGAUCAACGAAUUUAAAGCAAUCCGGUUUCCUCCAGGUGGCACAGUUUUCAGCUACUACAUUGAUCCGGAAACGAAAAAGUUCAAUCCUUGGACCGAUCUGGUGCCGAGUUUUGAACUCGACACAGACAUACCACUUCAGUCAAUUCUGGUUCCAACAGCAGAAACGACUCGUUUGCGUUGGUUUUUGGACAUUCUCGUAGAGGCUCAGCAUCCAGUUAUGCUGAUUGGUGCUGCUGGAUCUGGAAAAAGUGUCAUCAUGGCUGAAAAAUUGACUAACCUUUCGUAUAAUUACGCGGUCACAAAUGUGCCGUUCAAUUUUUACACCACAUCUGAGAUGCUUCAACGCGUCCUAGAAAAACCUCUGGAAAAGAAGGCCGGACGUAAUUACGGACCUCCAGGCAACAAGACCAUGGUCUACUUCAUCGAUGACAUGAACAUGCCUGAGGUAGAUACCUACGGUACAGUACAACCACAUACCCUGAUUCGCCAAUUCAUGGACUACCGGCAUUGGUACGACCGGAUCAAACUGUCCCUCAAGGAUAUUCACAACUGUCAGUUUGUGUCCUGCAUGAAUCCAACGGCCGGUUCCUUCACAAUCGACUCCCGACUUCAGCGUCACUUUUGUGUUUUUGCUGUCAGUUUCCCCAGUGGCGACCCGCUUUAUCACAUCUACUAUUCAAUCCUAUCCCAGCACUUGUCCAAUCCACUCAACAAGUUCAGCAUUCAAACGCAGAAGAUAUGCGCAUCACUAGUCAGUUGUGCUUUAGCUUUGCAUCAGAGAAUGGGCCAAACGUUCCUGCCCACAGCAAUUAAAUUCCAUUACGUUUUCAAUCUGCGUGAUUUGGCAAACAUCUUCCAGGGGAUGCUGUUUGCCAACGGAGAAACCUGUCCAGAUCCUAAUUCCUUGAUUCGCUUGUGGGUUCAUGAAUCCACCAGAGUCUACAGCGAUAAGCUGGUUGACGAUCGAGACAUUGAAGCGUAUCUGAAGCUCCGCGGUGAUGUGGUGAAAAAAUCUUUCGAGGAAUUUGACGAAAACAAAGUUUUUACUUCUCCGAUCAUCUAUUGCCACUUUGCAGAAGGUUUGGUUGACCCGAAGUAUAUGCCUGUUUCCGGAUGGGACACUCUUACGAAAACCUUGGAAGAAGCACAACUCAACUAUAACGAUAUGAUUGGGGCAAUGAAUCUUGUUCUCUUCGAGGAUGCUAUGAGCCAUAUUUGUCGCAUCAGCCGAAUUUUGGAAUGCCCUCGAGGAAACGCACUGCUAAUCGGUGUCGGUGGAUCUGGUAAACAGUCACUUUCGAGAUUGGCAGCUUUUAUAUCUGGGUUAGAAGUUUCUCAGAUACAGUUGCGCAAAGGCUACGGGAUUAACGAUUUGAAAGCUGAUUUAGCCAUACUGUACAUGAAGUCUGGGGUGAAAAAUGUACCAAGCAUGUUUUUGAUGACGGAUGCUCAGGUGGCAGAAGAAUCUUUCCUCGUUUUAAUCAAUGAUCUGUUAGCUUCAGGGGAAAUACCUGAGUUGUUCCCCGAAGAUGAAAUCGAUAACAUAGUAAACGCACUUAGAAACGAGGUUAAGCAGCUUGGAAUUCUAGAUUCCAAAGAAAACUGUUGGAAAUACUUUAUCGAAAAGGUGAGAAAGUCGUUGAAGAUUGUGCUCUGUUUCUCGCCAGUUGGAUCAACUUUGAGAGUUCGGGCUAGAAAGUUCCCAGCACUUGUAAAUUGUACCGCCAUCAACUGGUUCCAUGAGUGGCCCCGUUCAGCUUUGGAGUCAGUGUCCACGAGAUUCCUUGCCGAUAUAGAAGUUAUGCCCCGAGAUUUAGUUGAACCGAUUGCCGUUUUCAUGGCAUAUGUGCAUGGAACUGUCAAUGAAAUGUCUCAAAUAUAUUUGCAAAAUGAACGACGAUACAACUACACCACCCCGAAGUCAUUCCUGGAGUUGAUUGCUCUGUAUUCCAAGUUCAUUACCCAAAAAUAUGUGGAGUUGAAUGACCGUGUUCUAAGAUUGGAGAGCGGUAUUCUCAAACUGGCUGAAUGUGCCAAACAGGUCGAUUCACUACAAAUCCAACUUGCGGAUCAGGAAGUUAUCCUGAAGAAAAAAAAUCAGGAAGCAGAUAAACUGAUCAAGGUAGUUGGAGCUGAAAAUGAGAAAGUACAACAUGAAAAGAACUUUGCAGCAGAGGAAGAGAAAAAGGUUCGAGUCAUUGAAGAAGAUGUCGGGGCAAAAGCCAAAAUUUGCGAAGAAGAUCUGCGCAAAGCUGAACCAGCGUUGCUUGCCGCACAACAGGCCUUGGACACCCUGGACAAAAACAAUCUGACUGAGCUGAAAUCUUUCGGAUCUCCACCAGAACAGGUGGUGAAAGUUUGCUCUGCUGUGUUGGUUCUAUUCUCACCGAAAGGGAAAAUCCCCAAAGAUCGUAGCUGGAAGGCUUGUAAACUGAUGAUGAACAAUGUGGGACAGUUUUUGAACGAUUUGAUUUACUACGACAAAGAACACAUUCACCCGGACGUUAUCAAAGCAUUGCAAGAGUACUUGAAAGAUGCGGACUUCGAUCCGGACAAGAUUCGGGCCAAAUCGGCGGCAGCUGCUGGACUCUGUGCCUGGGUCAUCAACAUCCACAAGUUCUAUCAGGUCUAUCAGGUUGUGGAGCCUAAACAGCGAGCCCUGAACGAAGCUCAGUCCGAGUUGAAGGCUGCACAGGAUAAACUGAUGGACCUGACUCAGAUGAUCAAUGAGCUGGAAGAACGAUUGGGUGUGAUCCAGGCCGAGUUCAACGAUGCCCUAGCAGAGAAGCAGAAAUGCCAAGACGAGGCCGAUAAGACCGCCUUCACGAUCGACCUAGCGCACCGUCUGGUGAAUGGACUGGCCUCCGAAAAUGUCCGCUGGCGGGAAUCGAUAGCCAGCCUAAAGGGUCAAACCAUAACCCUGCCGGGCGAUGUGCUAUUGAUUGCUUGCUUCAUCAGCUAUGUCGGUUGCUUCACCAGACGGUACCGAAUCGAGUUGCAGGAGAAGAUGUGGAUCCCGACUUUCCGACAAGCCAAGCCUCCAAUACCAUUUACCGAAGGUGUCGAUCCCUUGAAUUUAAUCGUGGAUGAUGCGGUAAUUGCUUCGUGGAACAACGAAGGUUUACCCUCGGAUAGAAUGUCUUCUGAAAACGCCGCUAUUUUGACAUACUCUUCACGAUGGCCGUUGAUGAUUGACCCUCAACUGCAAGGGAUCAAAUGGAUCAAACAGAAAUACGGGGAUAAACUUACAGUGCUACGUCUAACCGCACGUGGUUAUCUUGACGUUAUCGAAAAAUGCGUUUCCAGCGGUAGUAUUCUGCUCAUCGAAAACAUUGGUGAAACUGUUGAUGCUGUUCUCGAUCCAUUGCUAGGCAGAAUGCUCGUUAAAAAGGGAAAAUGUUUGAAAAUGGGAGAGAAAGAGAUCGACUACAAUCCUUCAUUCCAGUUGAUCCUUCAGACAAAACUUGCUAAUCCGCACUACAAACCGGAAAUGCAAGCUCAAACAACUUUGAUCAACUUCACCGUCACGCGGGAUGGACUCGAGGAACAGCUGCUAGCAGAAGUUGUCAAAGCAGAACGACCUGAUCUCGAACAGCAAAAAGCGGAUUUAACAACUCAACAGAAUACUUUCAAGAUAACGUUAAAAAUGCUGGAAGACGAUUUACUCAGUCGACUUUCGUCUGCCGGUGAAAAUGUUUUGGAGGACGCAAGUCUGGUCAUAAACUUGGAGAAAACCAAAAAAACUGCUGCAGAAGUGGAGAUCAAGGUCCGGGAAGCUAAAAUUACUUCCGAGCAGAUCGACGUUGCCAGAGAGAGCUAUCGACCGGCAGCUGAAAGAGCUUCAAUCUUGUACUUUAUCUUAAAUGAUCUUCACAAGAUCAAUCCAAUCUAUCAAUUCUCGCUAAAAGCUUUCACGAUUGUUUUCAAGGAUGCCAUAGCUGAAACUCCUCCGGCUGAAAAGUUAAAGGAUCGAGUGUUUAAGCUUAUCGAUUCGAUUACUUUUGCCGUCCAUAUGUAUACCAGUCGAGGUCUUUUUGAGAGGGACAAAUUGAUCUUCAUGGCGCAGAUGGCGAUUCAAAUUCUUCUCCAGGCCAAGGAAAUUGAUCCGGCUGAGCUGGAUUUCCUCUUGAGAUUCCCUUUCACGCCUAACCUAACAUCUCCUUUGGAUUUCUUAACGAAUGCAGGUUGGGGUGGAAUCAAGGCGCUUUCGAAUAUGACCGAGUUCACAGCCCUUGACAAGGAACUCGAGGGUUCAUCGAAGAGAUGGAGAAAAUUAGUAGAAUCGGAAUGCCCAGAGCGCGAAAAAAUGCCAGGAGAAUGGAAAAACAAGAACGCCCUUCAACGUCUAUGCAUAAUGAGAUGCUUGCGACCAGAUCGUAUGACGUACGCUGUGCGGGCUUUCGUCGAAGAAAAACUUGGAGCAAAAUACGUCGAAGCUCGAAUGGUUGAAUUUGCUAAAUCUUUCCGAGAAACCAGCGCUUCUACCCCGGUGUUCUUUAUUCUGUCGCCUGGUGUGGAUCCUUUGAAGGAUGUUGAAAAAUUGGGGAAAAAAAUGCGGUUUUCAACGGAUCAUAAUAAUUUCUACAACGUAUCUUUGGGUCAAGGCCAGGAAGUGGUGGCUGAGGCUGCCAUCGAUAAUGCUUCGAGGGAUGGUCAUUGGGUGAUUUUGCAAAAUAUACAUUUGGUGGCGAAAUGGUUAUCAACGUUAGAGAAAAAAAUGGAAGCUACUCUAGAAAACGCACACGUCAACUACCGAUUGUUCAUCAGCGCUGAACCAGCUGCGGCAGCUGAGUAUCACAUAAUUCCACAGGGUAUAUUGGAAUCGGCUAUCAAAAUUACCAAUGAACCACCCACUGGAAUGAUGGCUAAUAUCCAC